UUCAAGGCAUUCCUAGUCGAUCACCAAAUAUUUCUGUAGAAAAGCCAACGAACGAUAAAGGCUUGCGCUCCUUUUUUAAAAUCGUGUUGAGCGCACAGGGUAAGCAAAGUGUUUCCACGAGACAAACUCUGCCUAUCCGCAAGACCGGCAAAUCUGUGACUAAAUCGAGUGCACCUACUGCGCUGCCCAAUCGGAUAGCUCAAAUCACUGUGGCUACAGAGCUUCCAUGACCCUGGCCACAGCUAAGUUUAAUAGGCUACUAGCGUACGUACGAUUUUAUAACUUUUAAAACCAUGACCACAGAGGAUCUGUCAACGAAUACAGCAAAGAGCUGGUGAUUUUAUGAGAACAACAUGAAUUUGUGCAUGAGGCAGAUGUGGUGCGACUCGAGUUUCGCCAUCAGGUGGAAGACGGUGUCCUCUCUCUCUGGUAAAGUGGAGCUGAGAACCAGUACUGAGGUAAAGGCUCAGUGUGAUCAGAAUGUGUCCCUGCAGUGUGACAUCAUGUCACCGAGCCCACUCAAGAUCAUUCUCUUUUCCUGGGUAAGGAAAGGGAAACAGCUGUGUGUGGUCAAUGCCACUGGUGUAUUCUCCUUUCCUGGCGUCCGGUGUGACAACACAAACAACACCCUCACACUCAAUCUGACUCGGGUGAUGCCGUCCAGUCAGGGUAACUACACCUGCAAACUGCGCUCCAACCUAACGAUCACAGCUGCCAACACCACUGUGACAAUGCAAGAGUGCCUAAGGACAUCUGAGCACAAAGUGUUCCAGAAUGAGUCUCAGGUUGAGUGCCAGUUAUUUGGAGUUUACCCAGAAGGCACAGUACACUGGUUCCUGGGCUCUGAGAAUAUAACAGAGUCCGCCAGCACAAAGAGCCAGCUGGAUGAAGAGGGGCUGUUUGAUAUAAGGAGUACCCUGCCUACCCAGGCUGGGACUGAGCCUUACAACUGCUCCUUGUGGAUACCUAGUAGUGGAACCUACAGCUCUCACAAACAGCUGCACUACUCCAGGGGGCUCUCUUCAGGGACAAAGACUAGGAGCAGACUGCUGUUGUUCUUCAUCCUGGUUGGACUCAUAAUCAUAAUUUAGGACUACUCAUGGGAAGGUCAGGAGUUUUUUUACUGAAUAUGGGACUUCGAACUACAGUAGGGCAAAGGGCUUUUCUGGUCAGGGCACAUCUACACAGGAUGGAUCAGGGCCUUUCUCUUACUGAGUGAAGAGAAAGCAAACCUGGACUGCCAUGGCCAAAGUAGAUAUAUGUUUUCACUUAUUAUACUGGGAAGCAAAAUAUCAAAGAAAUUGCAAUAAAUACAAUUGAAUUUUAAAGCUGAAAAUCAUUGUACAUUGGGAUUUGAGAAUACUGUAAGAAGUAUUCAUCCGUUCAUCGUUUGUCUUCAACGUUAUACACUUGCUUAAAUUGCAUUGCUUAUUACAGUAGUAGAGUACUGCUUCCUGGUGGUGAAAGUGUUUACUGAUGGAAAUAGUAUUGAUGUUAGAUGAGUAAUAAAGCUGUUCUAAAUUGUA